UGCGGCGCAUAUUUCGUCAUCCACAAGUAGAAGCAGAACAGACAACGAAACCAACUCCGCAAAAUCGUCAGUUAAUUUGAGAUUUUGAGUACGAUCAGUAUGGCAGCAAACGGCAUCACAGUUGUAGAAACCGUCUCCGAACUACUGGGCAAGGCGAACUCGGCAUUUGAGGAGAAAUUUGGAGAAAAGGCGACCGUGGCAGGAUGUGCCCCUGGACGAGUGAAUCUGAUCGGUGAGCACACGGAUUACAACGAUGGGUUUGUUUUCCCAAUGGCAUUGCCGCAGGUUACAAUUCUGGUAGGACGGAAGACAUCGUCUGGAGUUUGUCGCGUUCUGACCACAGCUGAAGGAACGGAUGAACCCAAGUACACUGAAUUUCCUGUUCCUACCACAGAAAAGCCACUAGAACCUGGUCUACCCAAAUGGGCCAAUUAUGUGAAGGGUGUGGUACAGAACUUCAAAGGUACACUGUGUUCAUUUGAUGCUGCCGUUGUGACAUCGGUACCUCUUGGGGGUGGUGUGUCCAGCUCUGCCUCCCUGGAGGUGGCUACCUACACAUUCCUAGAGGAACUCACGGGAUGCAAAGCAUCCAACCUGACGGAGAAGGCCCUCGCUUGUCAGAAGGCAGAACAUGAUUUUCCCAAGAUGCCGUGUGGGAUCAUGGACCAGUUUGUCUCUGUGAUGGCGCAGGAAGGAAGUGCUUUACUGUUGGAUUGUAGGACGAUGGGUACCACCCAGGUACCCCUUAGUGACCCAAAUGUGGUGGUCCUCGUCACAAAUUCCAACGUCAAGCACGAGCUUACGGGCAGUGAGUACCCCACAAGGAGGAAACAGUGUGAAGAGGCUGCUGCUAUGCUGGGCAAGAAGAGUCUCAGGGAUGCUACCGAAGAGGAAUUGAAUGAUGCUAAUAAUAAUUUUGAGGAUGUCACCGUGUUUAACCGAGCACGUCAUGUGAUUGGUGAGAUCAGGAGGACAACAGAGGCUGCAACAGCGCUGCAAAAGGGAGACUAUGACCUCUUUGGCAAGUUGAUGGUAGAAAGUCAUAAAUCACUCAGUGGCGACUACGAGGUUAGCUGUCCAGAAUUAGACCAGCUGGUCGAGGCGGCCAUGUCAGUUGAUGGUGUUUAUGGAUCACGCAUGACGGGAGGAGGUUUUGGAGGAUGCACGGUAACGCUCCUCAAGAAGGAUGCUAUCGAACGUGCUGUACAAACCAUCAAGGAGAAAUACAGUGGUACACCAACAUUUUACCUAUCAGUUGCAUCCAAAGGUGCUCAUGGGCUGAAGCUUUGAACUUGACAGCAAAUCAGCAACUUUCUAUAUUUCUUCAAGUAUUUACCCACACAGUAAGCAAUCUUAAUGAGGAGCAGUCAUUUUGGUAUUCUUUUCCUUGUUCGUCUGCGAGGACUCAAGCAGCUGCCUUAUUGAAAUCAGCAGCUGCCAUAUUUAUCAUCUAACUUGAAAGAGUUUGAAUCAAGAAACGGCUUUUACAGAGAUUUAAUCGACAGUUGUGCUGAUGUCAUGAAACUUUUGUGAAGGGCUGAAAUUUGGUGUUUCUGAUCAUUUGCAUGAUGCUGUAACGUCGGCUAUUGUAAAUUUUGAUCCCGUGCAAGUUUUGAACACGGUUUGCAAAUCACAAAGUAUUAUUAGGUGCAAAUAUUUAACAGAAUUGAUUCAUUAUCACGUAUAUUGUAUCAUGAACCUUUGUAAAGAUUUGAAAUGAAUCAUGAUUAAGCAGCUGCUGUUAUACUUACCUAGAAGUUUUAUAGGGAUGGGAACUGGGAAGGUGAUGAUAUGUGACUCAAUUGUAACAUGUCAGCAAAAAAGAGAAAAAUAUAUAUAUGAAGAAAUGGGCUUAUAUAAGAUGAUAAAAUGUGAAAAAUGGUAUUAAGUCACUAGGAUUUCCAAAUUUAGUCAAAUUAUAGCAAAUAAAUCAUUUUAUUUUUGAGGAGCUCAUUCUCAUUGUCUAAAAUUUCACUUUUGCCAAGUGUCAAGUCCAUGAUUUGCUGAAUUCGCUGACAUAAAUUAUGGUUGCCGAAGUGUCCUGCAUUUGCUUUUACAUGUCAUCAGAUGUUCUUGCUCCGUGCUUUUCCAAGCAGUUUUUUUUAAGUAAGAUUCAAAAUGGAAACUGAUGGGACCAGACAUUGUA